AAGGGGGCCAAGCUGAGAGCAGAUCCGGGAUCCGACGAGCACCGGCGAAAGCUGUGCGCCGCGAGGAUCCGGAGGGAGAACUAGCGCCGCCUGGAAGCGCGGAUCCCAAGGCAGAGGCGCAGGGGAAGGAGGGCGGAGGCGGAGGCCAGUUCCCCAGUUCCAGUCGCCUUCGCUGCUGCCUGUACCGUUGAAGCCGCGGCCGCCUCCCGCCGGCUUGUCCGAGGAGAAGAGAACGUGCACGAACUCGGGGGUCUCCGCCCCAGUCUUUCCCUGGAGCCAUGAACCCCAACUGCGCCCGGUGCGGCAAGAUCGUAUACCCCACCGAGAAGGUGAACUGUCUGGAUAAGUUCUGGCAUAAAGCAUGCUUCCACUGCGAGACCUGCAAGAUGACACUGAACAUGAAGAACUACAAGGGUUAUGAGAAGAAGCCCUACUGCAACGCACACUACCCCAAGCAGUCCUUCACCAUGGUGGCCGACACUCCGGAAAACCUUCGCCUCAAGCAACAGAGCGAGCUGCAGAGUCAGGUUCGUUAUAAGGAGGAGUUUGAGAAAAACAAGGGCAAAGGCUUCAGUGUGGUGGCAGACACGCCCGAACUGCAGAGAAUCAAGAAGACCCAGGACCAGAUCAGCAACAUCAAAUACCAUGAGGAGUUUGAGAAGAGCCGCAUGGGCCCCAGUGGGGGUGAGGGCAUGGAACCAGAGCGCCGAGAUGCCCCAGACAGCAGCAGCUACCGUCGGCCCCCAGAGCAGCAACAGACACAGCCUCAUCACAUCCCAACCAGCGCCCCUGUGUACCAGCAGCCCCAGCAGCAGCAGGUGACCCCGUCCUAUGGUGGCUACAAGGAGCCUGCAGCCCCAGUCUCCAUACAGCGCAGUGCCCCAGGCGGGAAACGGUACCGUGCUGUGUAUGACUACAGUGCUGCUGAUGAGGACGAGGUCUCCUUCCAGGAUGGGGACACCAUUGUCAACGUGCAGCAGAUCGACGAUGGCUGGAUGUAUGGGACCGUGGAGCGCACCGGCGACACAGGGAUGCUGCCAGCUAAUUACGUGGAGGCCAUCUGAGCUGUGUGCUAUCCUACCCUCGUCUUCAGUGCAUUCCAUGGCAUCACAUCUGUCCUGGGGCCUGACCCGUCCACCCUUCAGUGUCUCUGUUUUUUAAGAUCUGCAACUGCUUCCUUACCCCCAUCCCUCCUCCAGCUUCUUUUGCCAACCGAAGCCUUGUUCUACCACUUUCUCGGCUCCUUCCUCUGGCAGGUUUUUCCUUUGACUGACUUCUUGGUUCUCUCUCUGGAUGGAACAGGCUGGGCACUCUGGGGAGGCCAGGAUUGCUCUGAGGAGGGUGGGAUCAUAGGGCUGGACUGAAAUGGGAAACCCAGUAGUGAGAUCCCUUAGCUCCCAGUUUCUCUUGCCUGUCUGAGGCCCUUCAGAACCUCCUGCCCAGCUUUCCCAACACCCACACAUGUGAGGACUGGGGUAAGCCCCAGACCCCCAUGCAGGGCUCCACACAUUCCCCAGGGGUGGAUAUGGGGGCUCUGUUGUAUAGGGACCAAUGUGAUGAAUUUACCUCUUUCUGCUAGUCCACCAAGGGAGCUCCUAACCUGCUGCCUCCUCAAGGUGCCCAAAGGAGAGCAGAGUGCUUUGGGCUGAAUUCCUGCCCCUGCCUGCAUUCCUUCACUCACAUGCCUCCUGCCCACACAGAUCUAGGGUGGGCAAAGAGCUCCCCAGGAAGCACAGCUUAGUUCUAGGGACAGAGUAGGAAGGGUGUUCUCCUUGGGGCUCUUUUGCUUCCCUGCCCACCCCGCCACCCCCAGCCUCCAAGGACUUUCUUAUCUCUGGCUGGAAUCCUGCUUGGAGGAGUAGGGCAAGGAUGCCUCUGGAAUCUGAGUUAGCUGGAUUGUUUCUUCCUGCUCCUCUGGGAAGAGGUCUCUGGGCCUCUGACUUUCCCUCCCCUGCCCAAGGCAAGAUGACCUUGGAGUGAGCAAAACCAGCAGCCUCUCUGUGUGAGGGUGAGUGGAAGGGACAGGUAGGCAGGUGUGUGUCUACUGGUGUCUCUGGGCAUGUGUGUAAUAUGUGUGUGUGUGUGUGUGGAGAGAGCGCGAAAGAGAGAGGAGAGAAGAGAGACAGAAAGGCUCUCACAGUCUGCUCCUGGACACACAGAAGGCCCACAUCUUUUUGCAAGGGGGGCUGUUUGGUGAGUUGCUCCCUGAGGAGGUGGGGGAAGACUUCUGGGUUAGACCUGCUUUCCAUUUGUGUCUGGGGCUACAGAGUAGGGUACCAGAAGGACCUGUCACUCACACUGUGGCUCCUCACGUGGGCUCUCCCUCUCCCUGGAGGAAGAGAGUACCCAGGGCUCUGAAACUGGCAGCACCAACUCCAGGCUGGUGCUAAACUCAGGUUCCUCCUUUUGCUCUUGGGGCCUGGGAUAGCCCUCAUGCAACUUCAUUCAUCUCUGGGUUUUCUUGUCACCCUCACUGGAUCCAACACCUGCCUUUCCUGAGUCCAGCAUCUGGUCCCUUUACACACUUAGACCCUGCAGAUGAGGGUCACACCUCAAAGCAUUGGCCAGGUCAGCAAUGACCGCAGUGGUCACAGGCAACUUGCAAGGGCUUAUUAGAUGGCUAGAGAGUAGUCUGAGGGAGUGACAGUGUCAGGAGCCUCUGCCUGACCUGUCUUCUUUACUUUUGAUCCCAGCCUGGUGAGGGCAGGAGGAGUGUCCUCUUGGGCAGUGUGGGAACAAGGGAGCCCAGGAGGACCUUGUGGAAGCAUCUCGGGGGAGGUGAAAGUCUAUUCUGUUUCUUCUUGUUCUCAAAGCACAAUGUGGUCAGGGGCACACAUUGUAUAAGGACCAGUGCUUCGGAGGUGGUGAAUUGAUGGGAAGGAAUCGCAGGCCUCCUGGUUCCAUUUGGCUGGCCCGCCCUUCCCAACAUGUCAAAUCAGCCACUCUAUUCCUAUCCUAAAAAUAGGGGGCACUUUCUCAUACCCCCAGAGAGAGGAGGGGUUAUACUGGUGCUGAGGGCCCCAGGGUUGCUGGAGUCCAUGUUUCUUUCUGGAAAUGUCCACCCUAAAAGAGCAGUCAAAUCUCAGGAAACAAGGCACCUCCUCUAAAAUGUGAACCUAACUUUUGUGGACCAAUCCUAUAAUGCAAAAAGCCCAAUGGUGAGAAAUGUGAAUUCUCCCAACACCACUUUCCCUCUUCCCUCCAGGGAAAACUUUUAAUUUCUUAAUUUCUGCCUUUUUCCCUUCACAUAUGCACUUUUGGGCCUUUUUAAAUAGCUGGAAACAAGAGAGAAAAGUACCACCCCACAAAGCCGGUACUAAAAAAAAAAACAGAAGUGACCCUGUGAAAAUCGCCUCUGUCCAACAUUUCAUCUGUGUGUGUGAAGCCACCCACUCUUUUUUACAGGGCUGUUGUCUUUCCUUCAUCUGUUUGGUCCCCUCCCUCCUGGCCUCAUGCUGGGGACCAGCUCUUUCUGGCCUGUUAGGAUUCUGAACAUUGACUUGAACCACAAGUGAAUCUUUCUCCUGGUGACUCAAAUAAAAGUAUAAUUUUUACCUGCG